CACAAGCGCAUUUAAAUUUCGUGAGUGGUGUGAAUCGGUUGUAUUAUUUUUACUCUGUUGUGACUCGCUGUUUAUUUCGUGCACCGUCGUUUAAACAUUUCAUACAAGUGAAAGGAAAGGGCAGCAAGAGUUGUUCGUUAAGAUUGAAUUUGGUUUGCUUGUCCACUUCGCAUACAAACAUAUAAAAUUACCACAAUGGAUUGUGGCACAUCGAUGGCUAAAUACUUGCUAUUCGCAUUCAACACCGUCGUAUCGAUCAUUGGCAUUCUGGGCAUCGUUUUUGGUGUGCUAAUUCUAAAUAGCAUCGGAACCAUCGAAGUAGAUGGCCAAGUCGGUUUCCCACCACAGGCGAUACUACCGAUUGUACUCAUAACGAUUGGUUCGAUUGUUGUCUUUAUCUCAUUCCUGGGCUGUUGUGGUGCCAUACGUGAAUCUGUAUGCAUGACUAUGACUUAUGCCGUCUUCCUGUUGGUCAUACUCAUCCUACAAUUGACAAUUGUUGUACUCUUAUGGGCUAAUAAGGAUAAAUUUACCGCUGCCAUGGGUGAAGUCAUUGAUAAGGCUUGGGAAACUAAGUCUAGACAAACGGGCGUCUUUGACGCCAUACAGCGUUCGUUAAAAUGUUGCGGUAAGAAUGGAUUCACCGAUUAUGCGGUGUUGCUGGAGAGUCCACCCCCAAGUUGCUGCGAGAACGACAACUGCAUGAAUCCAUUGAACUUUUAUGGUGGUUGUCGCAGCCAAUUCCAGGAAUUUAUGUCCUUCAGCACUGACACUGCCAAAUAUGUUGGCCUGGGAUUGAUUUGUAUCGAGUUGGUUGGCUUCAUCUUUGCCUGCUGCUUGGCCAAUAACGUACGCAACUAUAAGCGAAGAAAUGCUUACUAAGCGAGGAUAAACUAUGUCCAUGUUCCACAAAUUGUUAUUUUCUUGAUGUCGUCCGAAAACGCACGUUCAAUAUUCGAAACAAGAACUAAACAAUUACCAUUGAUUCAUAAGUAUUUACUAUGAAUAUUUUUUUUUAAGAAAUAUACAACUUACAUUGAAUACCCGAAACUGAAGAAAAAAUGAACAAAUAAAAAAACGAAUAAUUUUUAUUUUAACUUUUAAUUGUCCAAUUUAAAGUAGGAACACAACAAAGGGGAUGCAAAUUUAUUGUAAUGAAUCAAUUAGAUGAUCCCAAAGCUCUUUACGAACGUUAUAUGCCUAAAGAAAGAAAAAAACAGCACAAAAACAGAAAGAAAAAAUACAAACCAGGAAACAGUUGAAUUAUAUGUACAACUACUAAACAGCAAUACGAGAAAAAUUGUGCAUAAGUUAAAGAAAAAUAUGAUAUAUAAAAAAUAAGCAACAUGUAAUCUCAAGAGAAUUUACAAGCUUUGUUGUUCUAAGUAAAUAGUAUGUCUGUAUAUUGUACAAUACAAUAAUGUUAUUGACUUCAAUUACUCUCCGUAUGUGGGGUGAUAAGCAUUCAAAGUUUAAAAAUAUAUGUAUGUAUUCUAUUGGAUAUAAUUAUAUAUGUAAAUGUUAAUCCAGUUGUCUACAAGUUAUGUUGAAUUAUAUUCUAUUUGUUUACGCCUUAUGAAUAUGCUAAACUAAAGCAAGAUAAAUUACUUGCAAAAAAUGUAUUUACGCAUUAAAAUAGUAUGUAUGCAAACAUUUAUCGAAUACUAUGCAAAUUAAUAAGCGAACGUUACUAUGUUCGCCAGACCUACAUUCAAUCAACUUUUGUACCAUUUUUUUGAGAAUAUAUUUAUCCCAUGUAAUUAUAAAAUUUUUUGACCUCAAAAUGAAUAUAAAUGAAUAUUAAUAAAAAGAACGAAAAAAUA